UAUCCACCGCGAACGAUUCGUGCGAAUUCAUCGAGAAAUGGACGAGCAACGAAAUUUUGGUUUGCACCAUUGAGAGAUGUAGAAUGGAGCAAUGCCCGUGAAAUGCAACUUUUGCGGCGAUCAAAAGUUUCUGGAUUUUGAACAUGUGUAAAAACGACCUUCAGUCUCAAGGAAAAUUACCUGUCAGAGUUUCUUAUCAGAUGUAUAAUUACAUGCUCCCUGAAAACUACCUAUAUAUGUGAGAAAAUGUUCCAUGGCAAAGACCAGUUGAACAGCCACCUCCAGACCCACGACCCCAACAAGCAAGAACUGGGGUGCGAAGAAUGUGGCAAGCAUUACAACACUCACCUCGGUCUUAGACGCCACGUGGCCACACAUGCCACCUCUGCCACUGGUGACCUCACCUGUAAGGUUUGUCGGCAGGUAUAUGAGAGCAUGCCGGCAUUGCUUGAGCACUUGAGUACACAUACUGGCCGACCACCCCCAGUGACUGUGGUACGUGAAAGGAAGCAUCAGUGUGAACGCUGUGGUCGUCGCUUCUUUACUCGCAAGGAUGUCAGGCGCCAUGCGGUGGUGCAUACAGGCAGACGGGACUUCUUGUGUACACGUUGCGCCCAACGAUUUGGCCGACGUGACCACCUCACACGACACCUGAAGAAAAGUCAUGCGCAGGAGUUGGAGACCCUGACCCCGAUGUCCAUCAAAGAAGAACCCAGUCCCACAAUGUGCUCUGUUGGAUCUCCAAAGGAUGCAACAGAGGCUUUUUCUAUGGGCAUGUCCAGCCCACAAGGCCUGCCGAGAGCAUCUACCUCAGGGGUCAAUCAUCAUCAUUCAGUGGUGUCUGUCCCCCUGUCCAACCCCAUGGGUGUGGGCUGCUACCUCGAGUCGAGCAAGCCUCAACCGCAGCAGUACCAGCAGGCUCAUAGAAAUCAGCCUAGUUCCACUACCUCAAAUCUAAAAGCAGAGAUGGAGAACUUCCUGACCGAACUCCAGUGUGGGCCUAUGCCACCACAAGCUGCCAUAGCGACAGCUGUCUCACGGCCAGGCGACCUCCUCCCUGACAGCCUGGGAGGUCAGAGUGCACAUUUCACCCUCAAGAACUCAGCGUUCACCUCAGCUGAGCCCCCUUCCAACUCUGCCAACAUGGACCUUUCACAUCUGCUGGGGUUCCUGCCGUUCGGCCUGCCUCCUUACAGCAAUCCCUUGAAUUCUGGAAGCCUCGUGAUGGGAUACUCCACCCCAACCACAGCUGCGUCCCCAAACCCUAACUCUCAGCUCUCUGGGCCACUUACCUCAUUUCAGCCACAGUCACUGCAUGAGCCUCAGGCUUCAGGGCACUUAAACCAGUUCUCUGGUUUCUCUCCAACUCUACCUCAAUUCCAUCAGGCCUUCCAACAGUGAUGUUACUCAUGUCCACUAUGACCUGCCAGUCAAAUGCAACAGCUCUGUUGCAUCAUUGCCAAAUAGCUUACAGGUAAUAGAGCUGUUCAGUCAUGGCAUGAAUUUGUUGGCCAACAUGGAAGGCUAAUUCAACAUUGGUUACCUUGGGAAUUUCCAAUGGGUGUUUUAGAAUAGCGUUUUUCAAAUUAUGAGUAAAAGAAAGU